AUGUCGAGUGGCGGUCUCCACCACAGAGACUGGAGCCUCCAUCCCGAUCUGAUCUCUCGAAUUUGGAGCAGACGGAAGGCUUCAGCUGGUUUGCUGAGAAGAAAGGGUAGUGGAGUUUGUUGUUGUUGUGUAGCUGAAACGUUAGUGGCCCUUGAAGAGCUGAAACUCAGAGGAGAGCUCACAGGCAGAGCCGCCUUUUCACCGGGAGUCCCGCCUGAAAGCUGCUGUGUCGAGCGGAGCCAGCCCGAACCGGCCAACAUGAAAUGGAUGUUCAAAGAAGAUCACUCCCUGGAACAUCGAUGCAUAGAGUCCGCCAAAAUCCACAGCAAGUACCCUGACAGGGUCCCGGUGAUUGUGGAGAAGGUGUCCGGCUCACAGAUAGUGGACAUCGAUAAGAGGAAGUACCUGGUACCAUCUGACAUCACGGUGGCUCAGUUCAUGUGGAUCAUCAGGAAACGGAUCAAGCUGCCUUCGGAGAAUGCCAUCUUCCUGUUCGUGGACAAAACGGUGCCUCAGUCUAGCAUCACGAUGGGGCAGCUGUACGACAAAGAGAAGGAUGAGGAUGGAUUUUUAUACAUGGCUUACAGCGGAGAGAACACAUUCGGUGUUUAAAAACCAAUCCCACUGCCCCUGCAGAUGGUGAGGGGAAACCCCCAGAGGAAGAUCCAGAUUCAGCGUGUUCACAUUUG